AUGGUCAAAAUUGCAGUAUUCGGUGGUUCCAAGGGCUGUUCUCGUGCAAUGGUUUGUCAAGGCCUCGAGAAAGGAGAGCAUCAAUUCAAGUUGCUGAUCAGAAAUCCAGAUAAUGCAGAUUACACAGAAGACCAAAAAUCCAAGCUGACCAUCGUCAAAGGGGAUGCACUCGAUGCUGAGGCUGUCAAGCAAACUCUACAAGGUACUGGUGUGAUUGUCUAUUCAAUUGGAAGUGCAUUUGAUUUCAAAAAGAUGGACAUGGUGAACCCAGGACUAUGCCAUGAUACAAUGAGUGUUCUGCUCAAAGUGCUGCAAGACCUGCCCGAAGACGAGCGGCCCAAGCGACUUGUGGUUGUAUCUACCACAGGCCUAGACAAGAUGAAAGAAGUGCCUUACUUGCUUCAACCGCUUUACCAUCUCGUUUUGCAUGCUCCUCAUCAAGAUAAGAAAGAAAUGGAGAAAUUGGUCGUUGACGAGAAUAAAUCUGUGCCAGAUUGGAUCAUUGUGCGUCCUUCGCUGCUAACUGACGGUGCUCUCAAGGGUAAAUACAGGGCUGAUGUGGGUAUCAGUGGUUAUACUAUUUCUCGGGAAGACGUGGGACACUUUCUCCUCAAUCAAUGCAUUGUGCCUACCAUAUGGAUUCAAAAGAAAGUGGUUGUUACAUAUUAA